GUGCGCGAACUCGAGUGCUUCGGAACAAGUAGAGGACAACGAGGCUUCAUCGAGGUCUAUGUUCCGUACUGUCUGUCUCUACAGCCACAGACAGGCCUGAAUUUUUACACUGUUACGUAUUCUUUAAUACUACACCAUGAAAAGGAGGGGGGACAUGCGGCUGUUAGUCGGAAUUUUUGCCUUUUUAGCGUGUUUUUUCCAAGCCGAGGCUCUGACAGAUGCCAUAAUUAUGACUGAUCCAGUGGUGGUGAACAACCUGACCUCUGCCACACUCAGCUGCAACCUUACCAAUCCUCCUUCUCCCGUCAAAGGACACUUUUGGACCAGAAAUGGCAAGACCAUCGACAACUCCAAAUCAUCCACCUCAGAGCUUUACACUCAGUACCGCAUUGAAAAGAUUGAUUACCACUAUGCUGGAAUAUAUUCAUGCGUUUUCCAAACAGAACCUCAGGCUAGUGCAACCAUUGAAGUCAAAGCCCCCCCACAUGUUGCGGCCUACAAACACUCUGAAUAUGGUAAUGAGAAUGACCAGGCUGUUCUUGCAUGUGUUGGCCAUGGACACCCCCUGCCUACUGACUGGAGUUGGUACAAGCUCUCCAAUGAUGGAACUGAGACGAAGGUCGCCAUCACCAAUGGCACUGACGACAAGUAUGAAAUCAAGAACACCCCCAACAAGACCACACUGUAUGUGAAAGAUCUGGAUAUCAACAACGACAUGGGCAACUAUGAAUGCCAUGGUAUUAAUGAUUUGGGAUCAGCCCACGAUAAGAUUCAGCUGCGUGUGCGCAGCCGCCUGGCUGCCUUGUGGCCCUUCCUCGGCAUUGUCGCUGAGGUCAUCAUUCUCGUCACCAUCAUAUUUAUCUACGAGAAGAGGAGAAAGCCUGAUGAGAUCAAUGACGAUGACGACUCAGGAUCUGCCCCACUGAAGAGCAAUGCCGCAACAAACCACAAAGACAAAAACGUCCGGCAAAGAAACUCCAACUGAGAAUGGAGAAAAGGUAUCCUGAUGACUACUGUUGAAGAUCAGCAUCAAGUUGCUGAGUAGCACAUUAUAGUGCACCCUGAGAGUUCUAAAACUUUUGCUUGAGUGUAAAUGUCUUGAGAUAUUAAUUGGUCUCCUUUUAUUCCGACCUGUAUUGUGCUGCAAGCAGACUUUUAAAAAAAAAAAAAAAAAAAGUGGUUUUGGGGGGAGGGUGAAAUUGCAUGAUUGUGUUCUAGCUGUAGAUGUGUGUUUAGUGAAAAUCUCUAAAUGUGGGAAAACUUUUUUUCUUUUUGUCCUGGCUUUCUUCACUGUUCCUCACGAGUGCACACCUGUUUCCAAAACAUCUUCCAAACUUGUAAUCUUAUCACUGUUCAGCAACUUGGUAAUUUGACAAUGUCCCUUGUCUACAAAUAGAUUGAUGUAGCUAGAACAGUGGUUAAAGGUUUUCUUUGGCAGGAGUCAAUGGACCUCUUAUUCACUCUUUUUGGCAGUGAUUUUCCUUUCUGUAAGCCUUAAUGUCUAGCCACUUUAUUGUACAUGCUGUUUUAAAUCAUGGAAAUAAUUUAAAUUAACUUUUUAUGAGCAGUACUCAUGAUGUUUCUGCAUAUGAAAGUGCACUGUUUCAGAGUGGAUGGUGAAAUGCCACUUAAGAAAUAUAUAUAUAUUUCCAGUAGGUUAGUAAUUUUUUCCAUUUAAUAUCUCAAACAAAAGAUGCUUUUUAUGUGGACUUCUAAGAUUACUGCCGCUACUAACCUUUAAGGACCAAGUGCUAGGAAGGCGUGCAUUUUGCUACUUGGAUUAUCAAAUAUGUAAAAUGUUACUCAAAUGUUAAAAUCUAACAUAGAGGUCAGUGAGAUGGUAAUAUAUUUAGAUAAGUCGAUGGAUGUGAUGUAUAGUGAAGGCUUAUUUUUUUGCUUAAUGAUUCUCUCCUAUGGUUCAGAUGUCAUUCUUAAUACAUUGUGACAUAUAGUGUCUGGAUGUGUGCCAUUUCCAAGUUAAGAGAUGCAAAAAAGUUAAGACCUUAUUAGAAGUGUUUAAAUUAUUUUGCCUUAGCAUCAUAGGAAAUCUAAUACACUGUCAACUGUACUGGCUUGCACAAUCUGAAUAAACGUAUUUGAUUUUAA